AUGGACGAGGAUGACCGAGGCGACAGCGCCGUCUCACCAGAGAACAGCAAACAUUCCAAGCGAGAUCGGCUCAAGGGAGCCUUGGCCCGUACAAAGAGCAAGUUCAAGAAGGAGAACGAGAGACCCAGAGAACCAGACUUGCCAGACGAUGUGAACGACUUUCUAUCUGCUGGGAGAACAUCGGUCUCAAGCGCAGGACAUCCCUUGCCACAGCGUUCAAAUGUCACGCCUACCGACGAGCAGUCAAUCUCUCCCACCUCCACGAGACCAUCCACCUCCGAUUCCUCUACCAAUCCCUUUGCCGCCCCACGAUCUCCCAGAAAGAUCUCCGUCCCUAAGAUCGACGUUUCAAACGCCCAAAGAUGGCCUCGAGCACAGUCAGUGGGAACAACGGGAACAACGGAGCAAGAUAUCAAUAAUUUCCUGCGACCUGAAUACCAAGCCCGCAGCCAAUCCGCGAGCUCAUUUUCCGGCCAGCCAAAGAAGAACCGGCGAGGCAGGAAACUAAGUGUCUCGUUCAACGAAGCCCCUCCAGUCGUUAUCGGCGAGGGUGGCGACGAUGCACCCACACCUCCGGUCGAGAUCGGAAAGGCCAGACAACGGGCGAGAUCUGCUUCGCCAAUGUCUGGUCGUGGUCAACAUCUGCCAGAAGGGUCUAUGAACGGUACAAAUGGCAAACGACCCAGUCCGGUCCCUCCGCCCCCCAGCCAGGUGCAUGCUCCUCCUGACGUCCUUCGGCCCCGGAUGAUGCGGCGCGUACAGACAGGCUUUGCUAUCGACUCUGCUGGCAUAUCUGGGUUGGACAAGGAGUUUGAAAUGACCCUUCGGGUGGGAGAUACUGCCAGCAGAGGAGGCUCGACGUCAGACACACCAGAGAUUAUCGCUCCUAGACCCGUGCGGGUUGUGCAGCCGCCGCCUGCAGUAUUUGAAGAGUCGGCCGAGUCCUCGACUGUCAAGAAAGAGCCCGCGAGUACAAAUUUGCGCGGAAAGUUUCGCGAGGGCGACGCUCUUCGGAUGCAUCUCGAUAAACAGGGACCGGACGUUGUUGAUGACAUUAGAGAGGGUAGACCUAUGGGAAGAGGCACAGCCCAAAGCAAACAAGAGCCGUCGAACUGGCUAUGA